AUGGCGGCGGCCGCGCGGGCUCCAGGCUGGGCGUCCAGGCUAGUCCUGCUGCUCCUGCUGCUGCUGCUGCCGCCGCCCGCCGUGAGCCCCGCUCGGGAGCCCCGUGCCGCGGCCCGACUCAGCCUGCACCCGCCCUACUUCAACCUGGCCGAGGCGGCGAGGAUUUGGGCCACCGCCACCUGCGGAGAGCGGGAACCGGGCGGCGCGCGGCCCCGGCCCGAGCUCUACUGCAAGUUGGUGGGGGGCCCCACCGCCCCGGGCAGCGGCCACACCAUUCAGGGCCAGUUCUGUGACUACUGCAAUUCUGAGGACCCCAGGAAAGCACAUCCAGUCACCAACGCAGUUGAUGGAUCCGAGCGAUGGUGGCAAAGUCCUCCUCUCUCCUCGGGCACACAGUACAACAAAGUCAAUGUCACCUUGGAUCUAGGGCAGCUUUUCCAUGUGGCCUAUCUUAUCAUCAAAUUUGCAAAUUCUCCUCGCCCUGAUCUUUGGGUCUUAGAAAGAUCUGUAGACUUUGGAAGCACCUACUCACCUUGGCAAUAUUUUGCUCACUCUAAAGUAGAUUGUUUGGAACAAUUUGGGCAGGAGGCAAAUAUGGCUAUCACCCAAGAUGACGAUGUACUUUGUACUACUGAAUAUUCCCGGAUUGUACCUUUGGAAAAUGGUGAGGUUGUGGUGUCCUUGAUAAAUGGUCGACCAGGUGCAAAAAAUUUUACUUUCUCUCACACCCUGAGGGAGUUCACCAAAGCUACAAACAUCCGCCUGUGUUUUCUCCGAACCAAUACCCUUCUUGGACACCUCAUCUCCAAAGCACAGAGAGAUCCAACUGUCACUCGGCGGUAUUAUUACAGCAUAAAGGAUAUCAGCAUUGGUGGGCGAUGUGUUUGCAAUGGCCAUGCCCAAAAGUGCAAUGCAAACAAUCCUGAAAAAUUGUUUCGGUGUGAAUGCCAGCACCACACCUGUGGGAGGACGUGUGAUCACUGUUGUGCCGGAUACAACCAGAGGCGCUGGCGACCCGCCACGUGGGAGCAGAGCAAUGAGUGUGAAGCAUGCAACUGCCAUGGUCACGCCCUCGACUGUUACUAUGAUCCAGAUGUUGAGAGGCAGCAGGCCAGCUUGAAUAUCCACGGCAUCUAUGCAGGUGGAGGAGUCUGCAUUAAUUGUCAGCAUAACACAGCUGGUAUAAACUGUGAAAACUGUGCUAACGGUUUCUACCGCCCUUAUGGUGUUCCAGUUGAUGCCCCUCACGGCUGCAUCCCUUGUCGCUGUAACCCCGAGCACGCGGAAGCCUGCGAGCCGGGCUCAGGCCGCUGCACCUGCAAGCCGAAUUUCCGCGGAGACGACUGUGAGAAGUGUGCAGUUGGAUACUAUCACUUCCCCUUUUGCCUGCGAAUUCCCAUUUUCCCUAUUUCUACUCCGAGUCCAGAAAAUCCAGUAGCUGGAGAUAUAAAAGGGUGUGACUGUGACUUGGAAGGCGUUCUCCCCCAAAUAUGUGAUGCCUACGGAAGGUGCCUUUGCCGCCCUGGGGUCGAGGGCCCGCGGUGUGAUGCCUGCCGCUUGGGUUUCUACUCAUUCCCUAUUUGCCAAGCCUGCCAGUGUUCAGUCCUUGGCUCCUACCAGACGCCCUGCAACCCGGUGACAGGACAAUGUGAAUGCUUUCCAGGGAUUACAGGACAGCGGUGUGACAGGUGUCUCUCAGGAGCCUAUGAUUUCCCUCACUGCCAAGGUUCCAGCAGUGCCUGUGACCCAGCUGGUACUCUGGACUCCAGUUGGGGAUAUUGCCAAUGCAAAGCUCAUGUUGAAAGUCCUUCUUGUAGCAUCUGCAAGCCAUUAUAUUGGAAUCUGGCCAAAGAAAACCCCAAUGGAUGUUCAGAAUGCCAGUGCCACGUGGCGGGAACAGUGAGUGGAAUCGGAGAGUGUGGGCAGCGAAAUGGUGACUGUCACUGCAAGUCCCACGUCAGUGGCGAUUCCUGUGAUACGUGUGAAGAUGGAUAUUUUGCUUUGGAAAAGAGCAAUUACUUUGGGUGUCAAGGGUGUCAGUGUGACAUCGGUGGAGCUGUCACCCCCCUGUGCGGCGGGCCCUCGGGAACAUGCCAUUGCCGAGAGCAUGUCGUGGGGAAGGCGUGCCAACGACCUGAAAACAACUACUAUUUCCCGGAUUUGCAUCAUAUGAAGUAUGAGAUUGAAGAUGGCACCACACCUAAUGGAAGAGAACUUCGGUUUGGAUUUGAUCCACUGGAGUUCCCUGAGUUUAGCUGGAGAGGAUAUGCUCAGAUGACCUCGGUACAGAAUGAAGUGAGGAUCAUGUUGAAUGUGGGGAAGUCAAGUCUCUCUUUGUUUCGUGUUAUUCUGAAAUACAUUAACCCUGGAACUGAAGCCAUAUCUGGUCGCGUGUCUAUUUAUCCAUCCUGGGCUGAGGCAGGUGCUGCUCAAAGCCAAGAAGUCAUCUUCCCGCCAAGUAAGGAGCCAGCCUUUGUCGCCGUCCCCAGAUAUGGUUUGGCAGACCCAUUUUCGAUUGCACCAGGGACAUGGAUUGCUUGUAUCAAAUCAGAGGGAGUCCUUCUGGACUACCUGGUGCUGCUUCCCAGAGACUACUAUGAGGCCCCCUCCCUGCAGCUGCCAGUCACCCAGCCAUGUGCCGACUCAGGACCUCCCCAAGAGAAUUGCUUGCUUUACCAGCAUUUGCCAGUGACCCGAUUCCCCUGUGCCCUGGCUUGUGAGGCCAGACACUUCCUGCUUGACGGGGAGCCAAGACCCUUGGCAGUGAGGCAGCCCACCACCGCACACCCAGUCCUGGCGGACCUCAGUGGGAGAGAGGUGGACUUGCACCUGCGGCUGCAGGUCCCGCAGGUCGGUAACUACAUGGUCGUGGUCGAGUACGCCACGGAGGUAGACCAGCUGUCUGUGGUUGAUGUGCACAUGGAGAGCUCUGGGUCUGUUCUGGUCGGCCAGGUGAACAUCUACAGCUGCAAGUACAGUGUCCUCUGCCGGAGUGUCGUGACUGAUGGCAGGAGUCGCCUCGCUGUGUUUGAGCUGUUAGCAGAUGCAGGCAUUCGGCUCAAAGCGCACAGGGCCCAGUUCCUUCUGCAUCAAGUUUGUAUCGUACCCAGUGAAGAAUUCUCAGCUGAAUAUUUGAGACCUCAAGUCAAAUGCAUUGCCAGUUACAGCGGUUAUGUUAAUCAAAGUGCCUCUUGUGUCUCCCUGGUCCCUGAAACUCCUCCAACAGCAUUAAUUUUGGAGGUCCCGAGUGGUGAGUCUUCCCCUUUCCUGCCCCAGGAUCCUUCACCUUCUGCAGAUGUUGUUACUGGAGUCACCGUGAAGGCGCCACAGAACCAAGUGACCCUGCGAGGACUUGUACCACGCCUAGGCCGGUAUGUCAUUGUCAUCCAUUUUUAUCAAGCAGCACACCCAACAUUUCCCACACAGGUCUUUGUGGACGGAGGGCGGCUGUGGCCAGGUUUCUUCCGUGCCUCUUUUUGCCCCCAUGCGCUUGGCUGCCGGGACCAAGUCAUUGCUGAAGAUCAAGUUGAGUUUGACAUCUCAGAGCCAGAGGUGGCUGUGACUGUGAAGGUUCCAGAAGGAAAGUCCUUAGUAUUGGUCCGUGUUCUAGUGGUGCCUGCGGAGGAUUACGACUACCAAACACUUCACAAAAAAUCAGUGGACAAGUCAUUUGAGUUUAUCACCAAUUGUGGAGGAAACAGUUUUUAUAUUGACCCCCAGACGGCCUCUGGAUUCUGCAAGAGCUCCGCCAGGUCCCUGGUGGCCCUUUACCACAAGGGCGCACUGCCUUGUGAGUGCCACCCUACUGGGACCGUUGGCCAUCACUGCAACCCAGAGGGGGGGCAGUGCCCCUGCCGGCCCAGUGUCAUUGGGCGGAAGUGCACUCGCUGUCGAAUGGGCUACUACGGAUUCCCACACUGCAAGCGUAAGUCAUGCAACUGUGGCCCACGCCUUUGUGAAGAGAUGACGGGGAAGUGCCUCUGCCCUCCCCACACGGUCAGGCCCCAGUGUGAGGUGUGUGACACGCAUUCCUUCAGCUUCCACCCCCUGGCUGGCUGCGAAGGCUGCAACUGUUCCAGGAGGGGCACCGUUGGGGCCGCCACCCCGGAGUGCGACAGGGACCACGGGCAGUGCAGGUGCAAGCCCAGAGUCACAGGGCGACAGUGUGACCGGUGUGCUUCCGGGUUUCACCGCUUCCCCGACUGCCUUCCCUGCCAUUGCAACAGGGAUGGGACCAAGCCAGGAAUCUGUGACCCAGUGACUGGAGCUUGCCUCUGCAAGGAGAAUGUGGAGGGUACAGAAUGUAAUGUGUGUCGAGAAGGAUCGUUCUACUUGGACCCAGCAAAUCCCAAGGGUUGUACCAGCUGCUUUUGUUUUGGGAUAAAUAAUCAUUGUCACAGUACACAUAAAAGAAGAGCUAAGUUUGUGGACAUGAUGGGUUGGCGCCUGGAGACGGCAGACAGAGCUGACAUCCUCGUCUCCUUCAACCCGGGCAGCAGCAGCAUGGUUGCAGACCUCCAGGAGCUGCCCUCCACAGUCCACAGUGCAUCCUGGGUCGCACCUCUCUCCUACCUGGGAGACAAGGUUUCUUCAUAUGGUGGCUACCUCACCUACCAAGCCAAGUCCUUUGGCCUGCCUGGUGACAUGGUUCUUCUGGAAAAGAUGCCAGAUGUGCAGCUCACUGGUCAGCACAUGUCCGUCAUCUAUGAGGAACCAAGUAACCCGCGACCAGACCGGCUGUUUCAUGUGCGUGUGCAGGUGGUGGAGGGAAACUUCCGACAGGCCAGCAGCGGUGCCCCGGUGUCCCGGGAAGAGCUGAUGAUGGUACUGUCUAGACUGGAAGAUGUGCGCCUCCGAGGCCUCUACUUCACUGAGACCCAGCGGCUCUCUCUGAGCGGGGUGGGGCUGGAGGAGGCCUCUGACACAGGAAGUGGACGCAGAGCACAUAACGUCGAGAUGUGUGCCUGCCCCCCUGACUACACUGGUGACUCAUGCCAGGUAGGAAGUUCUCCUCGCCCGUAA